UCUUAAGCCCUUUGGUCUUCAAAUUACACAUAUUGAAAGAGCUUCACCUGCAAGAAAGGUUAAAAUGGCACUGCUAAGUGUUCAACACUUGGCCCUCCUCUUUGGUCUCCUCGGUAACAUUGUGUCAUUUUUUGUUUUCCUAGCACCGAUACCAACCUUCUACAAGAUUUACAAAAGGAAAUCAUCUGAUGGGUACCAAUCCAUACCAUACGUUGUUGCACUUUUCAGUGCAGAAUUGCUGUUGUACUAUGCUGUUAUCAAGACCAACGCAUAUCUAAUCGUCUGCAUCAAUGGCUUUGGUUGUGCCAUUGAAUUGGUUUUUAUCUCAAUGUACUUGUUUUAUGCCAACAAAAAAGAUAAGAUCUUUACUAUAAAGCUACUGUUGCUGGACAUUUUGUUUUUCGGGGCGGUGAUUAUAGUCUCUUUGUUUCUGGUAAACGGGUCAAAAAGAAUUGCCCUUGUGGGAUGGACAUGUGCCGUUAUUAACGUUGCCGUCUUCGCUGCCCCCUUGAGCAUCAUGAGACAAGUGAUAAGAACAAGGAACACGCAGUUCAUGCCGCUCACUCUCUCCGUCUGCCUUGUAUUCUGCGCUACAGCUUGGUUUUUCUACGGACUUUUCUCCAAGGAUUAUUACAUUGCAUUUCCAAACAUCCUGGGAUUCCUGUUCGGACUAGCCCAAAUCGUUCUGUACUGCAUGUACAAAGACUCCAAGAAAGAAGAGGAUGGAAAAGGUGCAGAAUACAAGGAAGGAAUAGAGAUUCAAGUCAAGAAUGACGGACGACGGUAAAUCUAACAAAGAAUUGAAGUAACCGGCCGGCGGUCGGACGUACUACGUACGGUGUUAAUUAAGCCUCACCAUGCACGACAAUUAAUGAUGUUCCAACUUAAUUGUCAUGUGUAUUUAAUUAAUAAUAUCAAGUGACGAUCAAUCAUACUCGUACUUAAGAAACGGGUAUUUUAAUUCUUGAUCGUUGCAGUAGUAAUUGUAAGAAAUAAAGGGUGUUAAUUCUCUUUCUGUCUUCGUGUAUGGAAUAUUAUUUACAAUA